AUGCCGACGACGCCAGCAACAACAACUCUGCUCCUACCAAAGACACGGAGCUACCAUGCGAAGAGCGUCCGACCAGACGCCAAAGUGGGCAUGCACCUGAACCUUCAUAAAAACAUCGACAAACGCUUCAGGCCAACGUAUGUAACGAUAGAUUAUAAAAAUGGACCAGAGAGUUUGGAGUUGAUUGAUAUCGUAUUGGCACGGCAGAGGCCAUUUCUAAGGAGCUUCAGUGGAAGAAGGAUGUACUCUGCGGGUCAGGUUUACACUCAUGUUGACCACAUAGCGCAGUCCGACCCAUAUAGGAUAGCCGAGUCUAAAGGCUUCAUGAUAGAAGAAAGAGAAGCACCUGGUGUACCACGACUAAUUAAGAAAACCCCUGAUGAAGUUGAUGCCAUUAUAGAUAGGAUAACUAAGUUCGACCCUCGCAAACACCCGGCCGAUUCCCGGGGAAGAUGUGGACGGUUUACUCCAGCCCAAGAGGAUAGAGACCAGCGACCCACAAAUAAAUACUCCAAUGAUGACGUGAAAGCUAUUGUUGAACGUUUAUCAAAAUUUGACCCUGAGAAAGUCCCUGAAUCAAAGGGGCCAAUCCGAGGAACGCCUACAAAGAUGGAUCUUCCCAUUAUCUACAAAAAGAACUACACAGAGGAUGAAGUACAUGCCAUAAUUGACAGACUUAUUAAAUACGAUCCUAGUAAGUGGCCUCCAGAAUCACGAGGUAAAUCUCCAACCUUCCUACAGGAGGUCACAAAACAGAAGAUGACAACUAUCAAGAAAUGUAAACCGUUUGAAGUUGAGGAGAUUGUCGAUAGACUGAUGCAGUUUAACCCACAGAAAUGGCCACCGGAGUCCAAGAGAUUCAAUCCAAAUCGAUCAACAACAGUUUGCUUCUGAAUUACAAUGACCUGCUUUAACAUAUGAAGCCCUGUCAGCAUAGUGAACUACAAGGUGGACUCUUAAGGACUUGCCGUUCACCAUAUGGUAACUUUUAAGUAUAUAUGUAGCUUGCAAAGUCCAGUACAACUAAAAAAAAAUUAUUUGUAGACUACAGAGCGAUUUUUUAUUUAGGUUUCGUAUCAAAAAUUAAGUUGGAGCAAUUUUUCAAAAAAGGGGCCAAUCUAUUUCUAAACAUGUGUCCCUCUGGUUUCUUGAUAACCUCAUGCAGUAACCCAAAAGGGGUUUAUUAGAUGGAAACAGGAAAACAUAAAAGAGCAUUAAAGUGAACCAAUCCAUUUAAAUUUUGUAAUAUACCACGAAGUAAUGAAUGAACAAUUACAUAGAAAGAUGAAAUGGAAAAUACAGUCGAACAAACUAUUUUUUGAAACUAUACAAAAUAUAUUUCACCAUAAUUGCAAUGGUAUUUAUAGCAAUCACCAUUUUGACAUCAAAUUAUUAACAGAGUUAUUAUAACCAUGAUUUAUGGGUAUUGAACAAUUGUAUUUGUGAAUGUACUAUGAAAUAAAAGUGGAAUGAAAUAUCAGAGUCUUAGAUACCAAUGAUCGGUCGGAGAUGAUCAUGUAAAUUGAUUGUGUUUUAACAAUCUAAAAUACCUUUAAAAUACACUUCAAUAGCACUAUCCAAUUACAUGCUGUCCAGUAUUUAUUUGAAAGUCUAGCUCUGAUCCUAAAAUUCCCCAUUGACCAGUUUGAAAAUACUUUGAAAAUGGGUAUGGGCCUUUAUCAAUUUGAACUUGUCAUUCGGACUACAAAAUUAGGAAUUUUAGUUUUCAUAUUUGCAUGAAAGAUUUCUAUCAAAGCCUAUGAUGGUGAAAAAUGCAGAUUGUUUUGCUUUUAAAGGGGUAUUUUAGGGUAAGAGUUAGAGAGUAUACUACAUUAGAAAUACCAUGCGCCAUCUUUAUAAAUAUAGAAAGAACAGUCAAUAAUAUUCCUUUAGUUCUAUAUAAUAGAAAAGCAAAUCCACUCAAUUCUUAUGCCGAGGGAAGAUAUCACACUGAAAUAUUGACUCAACCCACAUACAAUCUUGCCCAAGGAGUUAAUUACCUGUUAUAUUGCAUGAUUAAUAUAAAACCAUUCUAAAAUAUUUGUAAUUUUAUUAUGCUUUAUCGAUUUUCUUAACAUUUGUGCUGUUUAUAAGAUGUCAUUGUUAUAUUUUAUUACAGUACAGUUUUACAGUAUUGUUUUCAUCAAAAAUCUUUAAUUUCAUACCAACAGAAUAAUAAUUUGUGCAUUAUCAUAAUGUAAUCACAUGUACAUACACUGUAUGUAUAUUGUAAGUUAUAUAUGGAAAAAUAUAUUUUACUGCACUGAAUAUA